AUGUCUCUAUCAAAUCAAUCAGUUCAAUCAUAUUAUAUGGAGUUUUUACGUUGUGCUAAAUGUUCACAUGAUUUUGAAUAUGAAAAUUCAUUAUAUCAUCCAAUAACAUUACCUAUAUAUGGUCAUACAAUGUGUAGACAAUGUUUUGAUAUAAUACGUAAUCAAACAAAAUGUCCACAAGAUCAUUUACCAAAGGAUAAUGAAGAACGUUAUGAAAAACGUUUUGGUGACAUAUCACUUAUAAUUAAACGAAUUAGUGGAAUAUAUACUGAUUUAGAUGUAUUUCCUUGUUCAAGACAAGUUGAAAAACUUCGUUUAUCAAGUGCAUCAUUUAUAAUACCACGUUCAGCAUCUGGUUCAUCUUUAAUAAAUCAUUUUUUAGUUGCACCAAAAUCAUCUCCUGUUAUUGAUUUUAUUCUUCAUGAAAUAGCUCCAUUAAAAUUUUAUAGAAGAAUUUAUAUUGUACCUUGUUUAGAAUUUUUUUCAAUAGGAUCGAUUUUUUUAACUCGUGUUAUUCGAAAAUAUAUUAAAUCACUUGAUUUUUAA